ACUUCUUGUUUCCUGGCAGAGCGGGGUCCCGGCACCGCGGCGCUCGGGUGUUUUUGGGGGCCCGGGUGGAGGGCCCGGGUGCCGGGGCCCGAGGUGCGGCCUCGCUAGCGGGAGAGGGAGCGGGAUCACCGGCCCGGAGAGAGGUGAGGGGCUCUGCGCGGACUACGGGCCUCGCCAGCCCCGGCCCCGCCAGCCCCGGCCCCGCCCCCUUCUCUCAGCCCCUUCAGCCCAAGCCCUUCGAAGGCCACCCCGCCCCCGCCCCCCUCCCCCGCCCUGGCUUCCGCGGUGCCAACCCCGCGCAGCUCCGUGGCCUCACCUCUGACUCCUAGGCCCUCCCUGCCCAACCCCCUGCCGCGGGAGGUCGUCUCGACCCCUCCCAUGCCUCCCAGUCCCACCCUGCCCAGGACAAGCCCGCUCGGUGUGAACGGUUCCCCGCGAGUCGAGGGUGGAGAAGCCAGCCUCCUGCCCCCGAGUGGUACUCUAGCAGCCCACCUCUUUUAGGGGUGCUCAGAACACCCAUUACUCAUCCACAACUACUAGGGUAGCUUUCGCAGGGUGCAGUGCUUACGGGGCGGAAGGGUUUGGAAACAUCCCCAUGCCCUGGCUGGAAUGGAGCUCCUGUCGCUAGCUCUCAGGGCCAGAGCGGGGCAAGAGGAUGCUUUCCCAGCCCCACCAUGGAGCUGCGCUGUGGGGGAUUGCUGUUCAGUUCUCGCUUUGAUUCAGGGAAUCUAGCCCACGUGGAGAAGGUGGAAUCUUUGUCCAUUGAUGGGGAAGGGGUAGGAGGUGGGGCGUCAGCCCUGACCAGUGGCAUUGCCUCUUCCCCUGACUAUGAAUUCAAUGUGUGGACCCGACCAGACUGUGCUGAAACGGAAUUUGAGAAUGGGAACAGGUCAUGGUUCUACUUCAGCGUCCGGGGAGGAACACCAGGAAAACUCAUCAAGAUCAACAUUAUGAACAUGAACAAGCAGAGCAAGCUGUAUUCCCAGGGCAUGGCCCCCUUUGUGCGCACACUGCCCACCCGGCCACGCUGGGAACGCAUUCGAGACCGGCCCACCUUUGAGAUGACAGAGACACAGUUUGUGUUAUCCUUUGUUCACCGUUUCCUGGAGGGCCGUGGGGCCACCACCUUCUUCGCCUUCUGCUACCCCUUCUCCUACAGUGACUGCCAGGAUUUGCUAAACCAGCUAGACCAGCGCUUUCCGGAGAACCACCCUACCCAUAGCAGCCCCCUGGAUACCAUCUAUUACCAUCGGGAGCUCCUUUGCUAUUCUCUGGAUGGACUUCGUGUAGAUCUGCUGACGAUCACUUCCUGCCAUGGCCUUCGAGAAGAUCGAGAGCCCCGUCUAGAGCAGCUAUUUCCUGAUACCAGCACCCCUCGACCAUUCCGUUUCGCAGGCAAGAGAAUAUUCUUCUUAAGCAGUAGAGUACACCCAGGGGAGACUCCAUCUAGCUUUGUCUUCAAUGGCUUUCUGGACUUCAUCCUCCGACCUGAUGAUCCCCGGGCCCAAACCCUACGUCGCCUCUUCGUCUUUAAGCUGAUUCCCAUGUUGAACCCUGAUGGUGUGGUUCGGGGACACUACCGCACAGACUCACGUGGAGUGAAUCUGAACCGUCAGUACCUGAAGCCUGAUGCUGUCCUGCACCCAGCCAUCUAUGGGGCCAAAGCUGUGCUUCUCUACCACCAUGUGCACUCUCGUCUGAACUCCCAGAGUUCCUCUGAGCACCAGCCCAGUCCCUGUCUCCCUCCUGAUGCUCCUGUUUCUGACCUGGAGAAAGCCAACAAUCUCCAAAAUGAAGCUCAGUGUGGGCACUCAGCUGACAUAGAUAACGCUGAAGCCUGGAAACAAACAGAGCCAGCAGAACAGAAGCUCAACAGUGUGUGGAUUGUGCCACAACAGUCUGCAGCGCUUGAAGAGCCAGCCCCUGACACCAUCCCCCCCAAAGAGAGUGGCGUUGCUUACUAUGUGGACCUGCAUGGACAUGCUUCCAAAAGGGGCUGCUUCAUGUACGGAAACAGCUUUAGUGAUGAGAGCACCCAGGUGGAAAACAUGCUGUAUCCAAAGCUCAUCUCCUUGAACUCAGCCCACUUCGACUUCCAGGGCUGCAAUUUCUCAGAGAAGAAUAUGUAUGCCCGAGACCGUAGAGAUGGCCAGUCUAAAGAGGGAAGCGGCCGUGUUGCAAUCUACAAAGCCUCAGGGAUAAUCCACAGCUACACACUUGAAUGCAACUACAACACUGGACGCUCAGUAAACAGCAUCCCUGCUGCCUGCCAUGACAAUGGGCGUGCCAGCCCCCCUCCCCCGCCGGCUUUCCCCUCCAGAUACACUGUGGAACUAUUUGAGCAGGUGGGACGAGCUAUGGCCAUCGCAGCUCUGGACAUGGCGGAAUGUAAUCCGUGGCCCCGAAUUGUACUGUCAGAGCACAGCAGCCUUACUAAUCUUCGGGCCUGGAUGCUGAAACAUGUACGCAACAGCCGAGGCCUAAGCAGCACUCUGAAUGUGGGUGUCAGCAAGAAGAGGGGCCCUCGAACUCCACCCAAAAGUCACAAUGGGUUGCCUGUUUCCUGCUCCGAAAACACCUUGAGCCGGGCACGAAGUUUUAGCACUGGCACAAGUGCUGGUGGUAGCAGCAGCAGCCAACAAAAUUCUCCACAGAUGAAGAAUUCCCCCAGCUUUCCUUUUCAUGGCAGUCGGCCUGCAGGGCUGCCAGGCCUGGGCUCUAGUACCCAAAAGGUCACCCACCGGGUGCUGGGCCCCGUCAGAGAGCCCCGAAGCCAGGACAGGAGACGGCGGCAGCAGCCACUGACCCAUCGCCCUGCAGGCAGCCUUGCUCCAUCCCCAGCUCCUACUAGUUCUGGCCCAGCCUCCUCACACAAGCUGGGCUCCUGUCUACUGCCCGAUUCACUCAACAUACCAGGGAGCGGCUGCUCACUCUUGUCCUCCGGGGACAAACCAGAGGCCGUCAUGGUAAUCGGGAAAGGUCUGCUAGGGACUGGAGCUCGGAUGCCCUGCAUCAAGACUCGAUUGCAGGCUAGGCCCAGGUUGGGCCGGGGCUCACCGCCGACUCGCAGAGGGAUGAAAGGCUCUUCAGGCCCCACAUCCCCUACCCCCCGGACCAGGGAGAGCAGUGAGCUGGAGCCGGGACCCUGCUCUGCUAAACCAGGGCUGCCUCAGGCCAGGCCCCCACGGCCCCGCUCUGCCCCUGCCUUUUCUCCUAUAUCCUGUAGUCUGUCUGACUCCCCAUCCUGGAAUUGUUACAGCGGGGGUCCCUUGGGCCAACCUGAGGUUUGUUUUGUCCCUAAAUCUCCCCCACUCACUAUUUCUCCCCGGGUCUGAUAAUGCCUUUAUGUUGAAGCCCAAGAUAUAGCCCCAAGAUGGGGUAACACGUGGGAAAUAUGCUAGUUCCCCUCCAGGCCGCUGAUUCCAUGUGACAGCCGUUAAGUCCUUGGAAUGCCAGCCACGCUGUCCAAAGCAUUAAAGAGCAGCACCUUGAGACAGAACAAAACAGGGACCUGCCACCCCUUCCUUCCCUCCACAGCACAAGAUUUUGGGACCACAAAAAAAAAUCUAUAUUUUUAUAUUGGGGGGAGGGAGUAGAAAAGCAAGCCCCUAUACUGGGCCCUAUUCAGUGGCAGCUUCUUGUUCCAUAGGAUUAAGGAAGACUUUGAGGAAAUAAAAGUUGUUUG